AUGUUCCCUGAUCUCAGAGAAGAGCUCACGCGAGCCAACCAGGAGGUGCGACACCCGGUCGCGAUAUAUCGCAGCCCCGAGAUUCGAACGCGCGUUAACGGCAUUCCUGUGGAUGCCCUCGUUGAUACCGGAAGCACAGUGACGGCGAUGUCUGACACGUGGUACGAAGCGAACUCCGAAACCCUGAAGGAUUGUCCGACCCUCCCAAUAACCGGCAGUUUCGUAGUCGGUGUCACGGGAUCGAGGUCCGAACGUCUGAAAAGGCAGGUUUUCGUCGAGAUGCGCUUUGGAAGCGUGCAGUUCUCCGCGCCUACGGUAGUCGUACCCGGGAUGGUACAGGAUUUUAUUAUCGGUGUAGACACGCUACGGUCCCUCGCGAUCACGAUAGAUUUCGGGCGAGGAGCGUUAUGCGUACCUACCGAGGAUGGGGCCGAAAAGGUCCCACUCCUCACGAGUCGGAACGAACCCGUCGACGAGCCGGACGAGGAGGCCGUUAUGGUGUUCGAACCGGCGACGACCGCGGAACCGACCCCGGACCCUGGCGAUCCAGGAUUACGAUCUAGAGAUUCGGCAUUGUCCCGGGAAGGACAACGUGGUCGCGGAUUGUCUCAGCCGUCUAGAUUGGAGGGAGGGGGACUCACACUCGCGUAG